AUGAAUUAUCUUAAUUUAUAUAUUCUGCCAGGCCCAAGUCUCACACAUGUGGACAAAAAUGGUUCACAUCAGCAUCAGGUGGUAAUUGUCCAAGAGGCUGGCGCAUCAUAUGGUCCUGUUGUUGCUGCACGUGAUCUAAAUGUACAUGUCCCCCCUAUUCGACAGAUUGUGCCAUCCACCAGUCAUUCUGAAGCUUCAGGUACAUCCAACAGUGCUGAAAACAAAGACCCAUCUAUUGAUGUGUUAGAAAGUGAUUCAUUGCCUGAUCUGUCUACAGGAAUGGGUACUCAGGACAGUCCAAGAUGUGUUGUUUCCAAAAAAAGAAGGAAGACAAAGAACUCAGUUGUCAACCGAGUCACUUCUAAGAAACAAAGGAUUGCCAGUGCAAAGGUUGCUAGUGAAAAGAAAAAGGCUGCAGAAGACGAACCUGAAGACGGUAAGAAUUUAUUUUGACAUUUACUUCAUUAGUUCCUUGUAUCUUGUGUCUAUGCCAGAGCAAGCAACGA